CCCCAUGCCCACCCCCACUGCUCACUCAAGGCCAGCCUCUCACAGUGGGUGACUGAGCUGUCUUCAGUGGAAGCCCGAGGCAGAUGCCACGCAAUUCUGGAGCUGGAUACGGCUGCCCACACGGGGACCCCAGCAUGCUGGACAGCAGAGAGACCCCACAGGAGAGCCAGCAGGACAUGAUUGUGAGGACCACCCAAGAAAAAUUGAAAACCAGCUCACUGACUGACAGGCAGCCACUCUCCAAAGAGUCCCUGAACCAUGCUCUCGAGCUCUCAGUGCCAGAGAAGGUGAAUAAUGCCCAGUGGGAUGCUCCAGAGGAGGCGCUGUGGACGACUCGGGCCGAUGGGCGGGUGCGCCUGCGCAUAGACCCCAGCUGCCCACAGCUUCCCUACACUGUGCAUCGGAUGUUCUACGAGGCCCUGGAUAAGUAUGGGGACCUCAUCGCUUUGGGCUUCAAGCGCCAGGACAAAUGGGAACACAUCUCCUACUCCCAAUACUACCUGCUCGCCCGCAGAGCCGCCAAGGGCUUCCUGAAGCUCGGCCUGAAGCAGGCCCACAGUGUGGCCAUCCUCGGCUUCAACUCCCCGGAGUGGUUCUUCUCGGCAGUGGGCACAGUAUUUGCAGGUGGCAUCGUCACUGGCAUCUACACCACCAGCUCCCCAGAGGCCUGCCAGUACAUCGCUUAUGACUGCUGCGCCAAUGUCAUCGUGGUCGACACGCAGAAGCAGCUGGAGAAGAUCCUGAAGAUCUGGAAACAGUUGCCACAUCUAAAGGCAGUCGUGAUAUAUAAAGAACCUCCUCCAAACAAGAUGGCCAAUGUGUACACGAUGGAGGAAUUCAUGGAGCUGGGGAAUGAAGUGCCUGAGGAAGCCCUGGACGCCAUCAUUGACACCCAGCAGCCCAACCAGUGCUGUGUGCUAGUCUACACUUCCGGCACCACUGGGAACCCCAAGGGCGUGAUGCUGAGUCAAGACAAUAUCACGUGGACGGCACGGUACGGCAGCCAGGCCGGUGACAUCCGGCCAGCAGAAGUCCAGCAGGAGGUGGUAGUCAGCUACCUGCCCCUCAGCCAUAUUGCCGCCCAGAUCUACGACCUGUGGACAGGCAUCCAGUGGGGGGCCCAGGUUUGCUUUGCCGAACCCGACGCCCUGAAGGGGAGCCUGGUGAACACGCUGCGGGAGGUGGAGCCCACAUCACACAUGGGGGUGCCCCGGGUGUGGGAGAAGAUCAUGGAGCGCAUCCAGGAGGUGGCGGCUCAAUCUGGCUUCAUCCGGCGAAAGAUGCUGCUGUGGGCCAUGUCGGUGACCUUGGAGCAGAACCUCACCUGCCCCGGCAGCGACCUGAAGCCCUUCACAACCAGACUGGCAGAUUACCUGGUGCUAGCCAAGGUUCGCCAGGCACUGGGAUUUGCCAAGUGUCAGAAGAACUUCUAUGGAGCGGCCCCCAUGAUGGCAGAGACACAGCACUUCUUCCUGGGUCUCAACAUCCGCUUGUAUGCGGGCUACGGCCUCAGUGAGACCUCAGGCCCCCACUUCAUGUCCAGUCCCUACAACUACCGGCUGUACAGCUCAGGCAAGUUGGUGCCCGGCUGUCGGGUGAAGCUGGUGAACCAGGACGCAGAGGGCAUUGGCGAGAUCUGCCUGUGGGGCCGCACCAUAUUCAUGGGCUACCUGAACAUGGAGGACAAGACUUGUGAGGCCAUCGACGAGGAAGGCUGGCUGCACACGGGUGAUACUGGCCGCCUGGACGCCGAUGGCUUCCUCUACAUCACUGGGCGCCUCAAAGAAUUAAUCAUCACAGCUGGUGGGGAGAAUGUGCCCCCUGUGCCCAUCGAGGAGGCCGUGAAGAUGGAGCUGCCCAUCAUCAGCAACGCCAUGCUCAUUGGGGACCAGAGGAAGUUCCUGUCCAUGCUGCUCACCUUGAAGUGCACUCUGGACCCAGACACCUCUGACCAGACUGACAAUCUGACUGAACAAGCUGUGGAGUUCUGCCAGAGGGUGGGCAGCAGAGCCACCACAGUGUCCGAGAUCGUAGAGAAGAAGGAUGAGGCCGUGUACCAGGCCAUCGAAGAGGGGAUCCGGAGGGUCAACAUGAACGCGGCGGCCCGGCCCUACCACAUCCAGAAGUGGGCCAUUCUCGAGAGAGACUUCUCCAUUUCGGGUGGAGAGUUGGGUCCCACGAUGAAACUGAAGCGGCUCACAGUUUUGGAGAAGUACAAAGGUAUCAUUGACUCCUUUUACCAAGAGCAAAAAAUGUAAUCAGGGCCUAUGCCUGCAGUUUCUAUAGAAUAGAGGGCAGGCGUUCCGAGCCUCUUCCUGAGCCCCAGGUCUCUUCAGUCUGGGCACAGGCAUUUCUGGCAAGUCUGUUAGAUCUCCAGGUCAGGGCACAGCACUGGCUCUACAUUUACCAGGUCUUACGCCAACAAUAGCUGACAAUUCCAAGAAGCUUCACGUGUGGGUAGUUUUAAUUCAGUUUAAGUAUUGCUUUUUGUUCGGGUGACAAAUGAGAUCAGCUCUCCUUCCAGAACAAAAGGGCUGAUAAUUUUUGGCCUUAGUUCCAGGUAGAUUAAAAAGCUGCUAGCUCACAUGCAGGACAGCCAGCAGCAGGCUGUGGAGGGGGUAGGAGAGAGAUGGCUGAUACUGCUCACGUGCGCUGCAGGAAAAGCAAUCAGUCACAACUCACCUAGCGACCUGACUUACUUACUCUGGAAUCUUGGUGGGCAUCGCCGACCCUAUUAUUCCAUUACCAGGCACUCCUCCGCCACCCACAUGCCAACUGACUUGAUGCUUAAUAAAACUGCUGCUGCCUGUUUGAUUCUAUUUAAUGUAUAAUUUGAAUAUUAAACCUUUUAACAGAACUGUC